CGAUGACUUUUUGAAGUUUCGAAAAGGUUGUGGAAAGUGCAUCAUCGUCGAGAAUCCGAGAGAAGACAUUGCGGACAGAUUUUCCGUAUUAUUUUUUUGGUUGAGCGACCAUUAUAUAGGCGAAAAUUGCCGUACCGUGUUCGCAGUUUCAUUGUGCCCUUCGUUUGCUGAAUUGCGAUUUAACGACUCGUAGAAAAGGAAGAUCCUGAAACCGAACGGAACGAAGUGAAGGCAUGAGCGGGCCAAUUUUCGGUAGCAGCAGUGCCCUCGGGGGCAGCUCCGGCGGAAAUCGCCACCUGGUGGAGUUCCGCGCCGGAAGGAUGAAUUUGGUCAACAAGAUGGUCCAUCCGGACAAUCGCAAGGGCAUGGUUUACGUUUACCAGGCCGACGACGGAUUGAUUCAUUUCUGCUGGAAGGAUCGCACCACCGGAAACGUGGAGGAUGAUCUGAUCGUCUUUCCGGACGAUUGCGAGUUUAAGAAGAUCGACAACGUAAAGAACGGGCGUGUAUUCCUGUUGAAGUUCCAGAGCUCGAGCCGUCGGCUGUUUUUCUGGAUGCAGGAACCAAAGACCGACAAGGAUGACGAAUGGUGCCGUCGGAUCAAUGAGGUGAUCAACAAUCCUCCGUCGUCCAAUAGUCUGGGAGGAGGAUCCGGACGGGGUGGCAAUGGCAGCGAUAAUGGCGACCUGCAGUAUAUAAUGCAGAAUAUGUCCCAGCAACAAUUGAUGCAAUUAUUCGGUGGCGUUGGCCAGAUGGGAGGUCUAAGUAGUCUACUCGGAUCGAUGAGUCGUUCUUCUUCGAGUAAUUCUAGCAGCCGGACCAGUGCGACCACCCCCUCCAGCCGGAGCACGCUGUCAUCGAGCAACGCAGGUAGCGGUACCGCGGUCACAACACCGACAGCCACCUCCAACUCGCCUUCGACUCCUCGUGCCCCACGCAAACAGGCUUCCGAUUCAUCCAAGUCCAGUGGAACCACGGCGGCAACUCCUGUCACAUCCGGUGCCGGAGAUGGCACCAACAACGGCGGAAGCAGCAACUCCAGCACCAGCAGUGGAAACCGCGUCCUGUUGUCCGAUUUGCAGAACUAUCUCGCUGGAAUGAGCCCAGCUGCGGCCGGUGCCGGACAGCGCCGCAACGUCGACCUCUCCACAGCCGUUAAUUCCGAUUCCCUGUCGUCGGUUAUGACCGAUCAGGAAAAGGUCGACGCUCUGGUGGAACAUUUACCCAAUAUCGAUGGCGACGAGAACAAGAAGCAACAGCUGAAGGAAACCCUGUCUUCACCCCAAUUCCAGCAAGCCCUGUCUAUGUUUUCCAAUGCGCUACAGUCCGGUCAGCUGGGCCCAGUGGUAUCGCAGUUCCAACUCAAUGCAGAAGCCGUAACCGCGGCCAACAAUGGUGAUCUGGAACAAUUCGUGAAGGCUUUGGAAAAUGCCCACAAAAAGAGCGGUACCGAUGCCGAGAAGAGCAGCAAAUCGUCCUCCGCCGCCUCGGAAAGUACUGAAACAGCCAGCAAGGAAGAAAAUGGCACUUCGGCGGCCAAAACCGAGAAAAAAGAUGACGAUCAAAUGACAGGAUAGAUUUUUGCGAUCGCACUUUUCAAAUAGGGUUUCAGUUAUUUUCUUUCUAUUUUCGAGUGUGCACUUGAUAACCUUUAUUGUUUAGAGAAAUUGUUUUACUCUUACUGCUAAUAAUAUUAUCAUUAAAAGGGGAUCCAAAUUACACCACACCGGCAUGAGGCAGGUCGAGAGCGUAUUUUGAUUAGGUAGUAAGACUUUUAAUGGGCUUAAUUUGGAAAUAUCAUGUUGGGCAGUGCCAAUUAAGCAAAUGUCAAUGUGAAAACAGCCGUUUUCUCACAAAUUACCAAUCUGGCGAUUGGUGUUUUGCGCACUGUGUCUUGUAUUUGUCUUCUAUCAACCACUGUUUCAGUUAGUGCCGUUCCAGCAAAAGGGAUAGAGCUACAACUAAAGAGCAGUAUACUGAAUCCUAAAUCGAAGCUUUUUCUAAAGUAGGAAUAACCAGCAGCAAACAUUGGAAGGAAACCGUAAGAAACACGACACAACAGAUGUAGACAGUGAACAAUAGGAAUAAUCUAACAAUACGAAUUAAAUGUUUCAGUAAAAUCAAUAAACCCGUUUGGGAAUACAUAAAACCUG